AUGCCUUCAGUAGACGAAAUCAAAGAGGCAAUCAUGGGACUAAAUAAGGAUAGUGCAGGAGGGUCGAAUGGAAUGACAGGAGCUUUCUAUCAGCAAACAUGGGAUAUCACUAGAGAGGACAUUUACAGUAUGGUCGGGGCUUUCUUUGGAGGGGCAGAGCUGUCGAGAAUUAUUCAUGAACGACUUAAGGCAAUGUUACCUAAGAUCAUUUCUUCGGAACAAGCAGGAUUUGUGCAAGGAAAGAGUAUAGCAGAGAAUUUUCUAUUAGUGCAAGAAAUCAUUGUUGAAAUCAGAAAGAGAGGAAAGCCACCAAAUCUAGUUAUAAAACUAGAUAUGAUGAAAGUUUAUGACAGGGUAGAAUGGAUAUUCAUGACUAAGGGUGAUCCUCUCUCACCUACCCUGUUUAUAUUGGCAGCUGAAGUUAUGUCUAGAUCCCUAAAUGCUCUUAUGGAGAAGAAGGAUUUUAAGAGGUUUGGAAUGCCAAGAGGCAGUCUCAAAGUGAAUUAUUUAGCAUUUGCAGAUGAUAUGAUUAUAAUGUGCAAGGCAGAAGUGAGAACAAUGCAGAUGAUUACAGAUACUUUGAAGAGAUAUGAAGAUACUUCUGGACAGAAACUAAACAAGGAGAAGAGUGCUAUUAAUAUGCAUCAUUUUGUAGCAGGAGGAGAAGCAGUGAUAGGUGAGGUAGCAAGAGGAAUCCUAAGAAAGGAAUUCCCUUUCACUUACUUGGGAUGCCCUAUGUUCUAUAAAAGGAAGAAAAAAAUAUAUUAUCAGCAGAUUUUACAAAGAAUUGGUUCAAAAAUUCAAGCAUGGACCUGUGCUCCAAAGCACUCCCAUUCAUUGCCUGUAAGUCAUGAAUCCUCCCAUGAAUGUACUGAAUCAAGCUCAAAAAAUGAUGGCACAAUUUUUUUGGAGCAGUUGUGUUGGAAGGAGAGAAAGACAUUGGGCAAAGUGGAGUAA